AUGAGUCACCCGGCGAUGGGGAGAAAGAGGAGGGGAAAGGGAGAGAGGAGGGGAAGAUGCUAUGCAUCCCUAUUAUUGCCUCCCAGUCUCAUCCGAUUCCUGGUUGCUUUGCGUGGAACGAUCGGCGACGCGAUGUGCGGCGGCGAUAGGCUGGUCAUCGUGACGACGCGAACGAUCCUGUGGUCGUUGUUGUCGGUGGCAUCGAGUCUGGGACUGCUGGCGUCCGUGCUGUCUCCUCAGUGGCUGCUGGGUCCGCUGCCCGAGUCGUCGCUCCGCUUCAAUCGCUCGGGCACAGAUGUGGAAGGGGGAAGAGGAUCGGAGGGAGAAAGAUUGUGGCGAAGCCUCAGUCUCUGGUUACAGUGUCACAUGGUGGACAGGGGACUCAGGGACUACGACUGGAUUCUGAGAAAGGCGGAAGACCCGGGAAAGGUGCACAUCAGUCCAAAUUGUUCGCCUUUCGUCUCCUUUCCCGACUUCAAGGCGGACAAUGACCAUUUCCCUCACGCCUGGAAGGUGUCGGUGAUAUUCCUGGCGUUGGGUGUGGUGUUGAGCACGUGUUUGGCAUUUUCCUCCUUCUUCUGUUCCUGUCUUCAGAGUGUCUGCAAGAAGUCUCUCUUCCCCAUCGCCGGUUUCCUUCAGGCACUCGCCGGCCUGAUGUUGAUCGUGAGCCUGGUCCUCUUCCCGGCCGGAUGGACGGGGCAAAGAGUGAAAGAAGUGUGUGGAGCCCGCGUCGCUCCGUUUACUAUCUCCACCUGCUCCCUCGGUUGGGGGUUCAUGUUGGCCUGUGGAAGCACGUUGUUGACGCUGAUGACAGCCUGGCUAUCGAUCGAGGCGGACAAAUCAACUUCAUCUGACAAGGUUCAACACAAAAUCGACAAGGGUCGCACCUUCAUCUGUCUCCUCUAAACAACACGCCCCCACCCACACCCCCACCCCCACCCACAUCCUUACCCGCACACCCACCCUCAUCCACACCCACACACCCA